AUGCGGUUUGGGUCGAUGAAAGGGGAUGAAGUGCUGCAGCAGCAGCAAAUAGAAUUAGGGAGGAGCGCAGAGAGUCACAGUGAUUCUGAUCCUCUGCUUCCGAACCAGGCUGAUGCAAGUUCCAGUCAAGAAAUUAUCAUUAACGAUGAUGACAUUGAAAACGUUUCUGUUCCUUGCUGUCGUAUUUGUCUCGAAACCGAUUGCGAACCAGGUGACGAAUUGAUAUCUCCAUGCAUGUGCAAAGGAACCCAGCAGUUUGUUCAUCGUUCAUGCCUUGAUCAUUGGCGCUCCGUUAAGGAAGGAUUUGCUUUCUCUCAUUGCACAACUUGUAAAGCUCAAUUUCAUCUCCGAAUUGCUUCUUUCGAAGACAACUCUUGGCGCAAAAUGAAAUUCAGACUUUUUGUUACAAGGGAUGUUGUCAUUGUAUUUUUGGCUGUACAAACUGUCAUCGCUGCAAUGGGUGGUUUUGCAUACCUUAUGGACAAAGAUGGGACCUUUAGGAAUUCGUUCAGUGAUGGAUGGGAUCGUAUACUGUCCAAGCAUCCUAUACCAUUUUAUUAUUGCAUAGGAGUACUGGCCUUCUUUGUGCUUCUUGGGUUUUUUGGCCUCAUACUACAUUGUUCCUCCCUCAAUAGUAAUGAUCCAAGGAUGGCUGGCUGCCAGAACUGCUGUUACGGAUGGGGAAUUUUGGACUGUUUCCCUGCUUCCAUGGAGGCGUGCUUUGCACUGGUGGUGGUUUUUGUCAUCAUCUUUGCCAUUCUAGGAAUUGCUUAUGGUUUCCUUGCUGCCACAAUGGCCAUUCAAAAAAUUUGGCAAAGACACUACCACAUCCUCACUAAGAAGGAGCUUACAAAGGAGUACAUAGUUGAGGAUCUACAUGGCUCUUAUACUCCAGCGAAAUUGGAUUCUGAACAUGAAGAACGUCUGAAAAUGCUUAAGCUUUUAUAA